AUGUUCCGGCUCAUGAAGUUACCAUUCCAAACUGUCAGGGCCGAAGUGACAGGCAUUAACGGAAAGGUCAAUAGAACCUUGAAGGUCUGUUACAUAAGCAUUUGGUCAUCGCAUGGACAUCCAGUCCAGAUAGAGAUAGAAGCUUUUGUCUUGUCCCAAAUUGCUGAUGAUUUGCCGUCAUGUACGAUAGCCCAAGCCACACUGGAAGGAAUGCCCAAUAUUCCUCUAGCUGACCCCUCCUUCAGAUUAAAGGCAAAGAUCGAUCUACUUCUUGGCAUUGAUGUCAUACCAGCGGUGACUUCUUCCGGCAUCCAGACCGAAGUGUGCGGAUCUUUAAUGGCUCAAGAGACGAGGUUCGGUUGGGUCAUUUCAGGCCCGUUGCAAGGGGUCCCCGUUAGUUCGUGUGCAGCGUUCACCACGAGGGUCGCUGUUAGCAGAGAGGAAGCACUCGAAACUCUUUUCACAAGGUUUUGGGAGGUGGAGGAUCUACCGGGCAAACCGGUAGAAGAUUCUAAUUCUGUUUGCGAGGUUAAUUUCCAGAAGACCACAAGAAGAGAUGUUUCGGGGAGAUAUACGGUCUCACUUCCGUUUCGAGAUCCAACCAACAUCAACAUUGGUCAUUCCAGACCAGGGGCAUUGGCUCAGUUCCUAAAAAAUAUUCCGGGGAAAACGGAGUAUGACGCCGUCAUCCAAGAAUAUUUGGACUUGGGCCAUAUGCGUCAGGUGCCAUUUGACGGCAGUAAUAACAAUUUUUAUUUGCCACACCAUGCAGUUAUCAAGCCCGACAGCACCACAACAAAAGUACGGGUAGUCUUUAACGCCUCUAGCAAGUCCACAAACGGAGUAAGUCUCAACGACAUACUUUACCCUGGUCCGGUACUUCAGUCCGAUUUCACUACUCAGAUUCUCAAGUGGCGUUUUUUCCGAGUAGUUUUCAGUGCCGACAUCACAAAAAUGUACCGCCAAAUUAUGGUCGAUCCAAUCCAUACGCCUUUUCAGAGGAUCCUGUUCCGAAAUACAGCGGAGCAACUUGGUGAUUACGAGCUGAAUACCGUCACGUUUGGCAUUAACUGUGCUCCGUUCUUAGCCAUCCGAGUACUUCAGCAACUCGCAAGUGAUGUACAAUCCAAAUUUCCUUUGGCUAGCGAUAUUAUUAAGUCCUAUAUGUAUGUCAAUGAUGUCCUGGCAGGGGCUCACAAUGAAGCAACGGCAAUCGCAAUGGUCAAUGAACUUCAAGACGCUCUUGGUUCAGCUGGCUUUCCUUUGCGGAUAUCGAAUGUGAAGAGCGUGCUCAGUUGCAUUCCAAAGAGUCAUUUGCUGAAUGCUGAUUUCCUCGAGAGGCUAGCACAUCAAAAACACUGGGAAUCCGAUGGAAAGCGACUACGGAUGAGUUUUAUUUUGUCAUCUCACCUCAAGAUAUCAAGUCAGCUUAUACUAAGCGAGAAGUCCUCGGGCAGAUCGCCAAGUUAUUCGAUCCCGCUGGCUGGCUGGCCCCCUUUGUAA